AUGAAGUCGGCAGUGGUGCUGUUGCUGGCGCUGGUGGUGUGCUGCCUGGCGACGCCGCUGCCGCAGCAGUCCGAGGUGAAGAUCGGUAAGCCGGAGCCGGCCCAGGCCGUCCAAGAGGCGAGACAGGCCGCGGCGCCGAGCGUCCAAGGGAGCACAGCCGAGGACGACGACGACGACGACGACGACGAUGAUCUCGACAUCGGCGUCGAGGACGACGAUGACGACGAUGACGACGAUGACGACGAUGACGAGGACGACGAUUACAUCGAGAGAAUCCUCGACGAAGUUCUCGGAGGUGAGGACGACGACGACGACGACGAGGACGAGGAGUCGAACGCCGUCGAGCCAUCCAGCGGUCCUGCCUCGAGCGCUCCGGCCGCGGCGAUCCCGGUGGCCCCCUCGGCCAACGCCCCGGUGAUCCCCCCGGCCGUCCAGAACGACAUCGACGAGCAGGCGAGCGCGGCAUCCGCGGCCAGUGAAACCGAAGCCGGCCUCGCCGACGAGGCAGCCAACGCCUCCUACGAGGACGAGGAGGCCCCCGAAGCCCAGGCCGCCAACGUCGUCCAGGAGCAGGGCAUCGAGGGGGCCGAGAGCGCGUCGAGUCCCGUCGUGCUGGUGCAACAGCCGCAACCACUGAGCAGCCCCAGCUCGGGGGCCGCUGCUGCCUCGAGCGACGACGACGAGGAUGACGACGACGACGACGACGAGGACGAUAUCGAUCUGGAGCUCGACGACGAUGACGAUGACGAUGAGGACGAGGACGAAGAGGAGGAGGAUGACGAGGACGAGGACGACGACGACGACGAGGGGAUCGAGGCUCUGGCCGACGCUGAUAUAACGGGGCGCGCCGCACGUGGCAUGAUGUCGACGCCUAAGGUGGACGCCCCGAUGUACGUGGCCAAGUACAACCGCAUCUUCGACGAGAUACUCGGCCUGAUCAACAAGAUACUCAAGGAGAGGUACGACCCGGUGACGGUGAAGCUCGCGAGUCCGAGCACGAGCUCCAAGGGCAAGAGCCCCAAGAGGCGCAAGAGCAGCCACAAGAGCCGCACGAGGAAGACGCCGCAACAACUCGAGCCGGCAGCGCCGCGCACCACCGACGACUCGGAGCACCAGCCCCUCGUGCCCGUCAACGACACCACCGCCAAUGUCACGCACCAGGUGGAAAAGGCCGCCUCGACGUCCGCGAGUCCAAUCACCGUCACGACUGCCGGGCUUUCUGGAACGCGGCUCGUGACUAAGCCACCAACCCCAUCGGUUCCGAACCGGGGCUCCCCGCAGCCGAAAAAGACGACGGCGACGACGAAGAAGAAGAGCAAGAACCCCAGCGGCACAAAGAAGAGGAAGCCCACCAGCAGCAACAAGGUGAAGGAGACGGGGGCGAGUGGCAGCAAGAAGCCGCGGUCCAAGGCGAAGGCGACGUUGUACGGGCUCGCGUCGCUGAAGCGCUCGGGGGACGUGACGGUGAACAUGAUGAGCGACCGCACGACGGUGUCGGCGAAAAUCGCUUUCGGGCCGCUCAAGCUCAAGGUGGAGAAGGAGUUUGGUCGGUCGACGCGCAAGGAGGUGCGCAGCGCUACCGCGACCACGGCCGAGAUGUCCGGGAGGCUGAGCUUGCGGAUUUACAACGGGGGCGCGGCCACCUUGCACUCGAUACGCGUGCUUCAGCCAAAGCAGAUGAGGAUCGAGAGCGCCGAUGACCACGACAGGACGCGCGAGUUUGUCUGGAAGCGCUCGUCCCACAUCGCUCACGUGGUCUCGCAGAAGCUCUCCUCGGCGGCUCGCUCGAUGCUGCGGCCACCGCCACUCGAUCCGAGCCAGCACACGGCGGAGAUCAAAGUCGCGCCUGUGGUGUAA